AACACAAGGUUUCUAAUUAAUCAACUGUUUUGCGUUUGUUGGGACAUUAGUGCAAAUAGCUGAUGUGGGUUGGAUUUAUUUGAGCUUAAAGGCUAUAUAAUGCAAGAAAUCAAAGGGAUGGAACGCAGUAGUGGCACAAGCCAUGUUGCCAUUGAAAUCUCAGCAGAAAAUGAGGCUCUUGUAACUUCUCUGAAACAAAACAUGGAAAAAGUCUCUUGUGCGGGUUGCAUAUGCCGUGUGAGCCCGGAAAUUAGAGGGCAAAACAAAAAGGCAUAUGUCCCAGAUAAAAUUUCCAUCGGUCCUCUCCACAAGGUUUUAAGUGCUAAUAUGGAAAAUCACAAAUGGCGCUACUUGUAUUCACUUCUUAAUCGAAGACCAAACGUGGAAGCAAGGUUAGAUCGUUGUGUGCAAGCUCUGAAAGAGUUAGAGGUCAAAGCAAGAUCCUGCUACACAGACAAUUUAGAGCAUAUUAGAAGUGAUGAUUUUGUGAAGUUGAUGUUAAUCGAUGGAGGCUUUAUAAUUGAGCUCUUUUUAAGGCAUUCUGUAAAGGGUUUAAAGCGAAGGAGUGAUCCCAUUUUCUCCACCCCUGGAUUGCUCUUUGAACUGAGGUCUGACAUGAUUCUACUAGAAAAUCAGAUACCCUUUAUCAUUCUUCAAAGAUUAUUCGAAAUCGUGCCAAUCCCUAAACAAUGUACUCAAUCCCUCACUGAUCUCGCCUCUCGUUUCUUUAGAAAUAUGAUUCCGGGAGAUUAUAAACUUAACCGUGAGAAGUUUAGCCAAGAGGGAAACCAUUUACUUGACAUGAUCCGCAAUUGUUUCCUCCCAACGAUUCCAAGAAUCAAUGUAAAGAAAAAUACUGCACGACAAAGUUUUCCAAGCGCAACGCAGCUGCAAGAAGAUAGCGGAGUUAAGUAGAAGAGGGCGAGAACAGAAAAUUUAUUGGACAUAAAUUUUGUGAAUGGAGUCCUUCAAAUCCCUCCUUUGCAUGUACACGUAUACACAGAAACUCUCUUAAGAAAUUUCAUUGCAUUUGAAACAUCUUGUCCUUGUGAAAACACACAUCAUAUUACUUCCUAUGUCCUUCUCAUGGUAAGCCUAAUUCGCUCAGAAAAGGAUGUGAAAUUACUCAAACGCGAGGGUAUUUUAAACAGCAUUGAAGACGAAUAUGAAGAUGAAAAUGAAGAUGAUCGUUUGCAAAAGAGAGAGACGCUUUCCAAAUUGUUUGACAGCCUUCGGAAGAUUCCAUUGAAUGAGAAAGACUUCUAUUAUGAUGGGCUCUGUGAACAAGUGCUUGGAUAUAAAGCACCCAGAUGGUUUGUAUGGUUGAUGAAGAGAAAAGGGAGGAGUAAUGAUCCUGAUCGGAAGAGGGAUGUUCCCUUUCCCUUUGCUUUGAUCUCUGUUGUUGCAUUUUUGUUGGUUGUUCUCACCUUUUUGGGAACUCUUUUCUCUGUAUUGUCAUUCUUCUCGCGCCAUUAGUUUUUGUGUAGUUUUA